CACCCGAAACCUUCGGAAUUCAGAACAGAUUUCCCCGACCAAUCUUUCUGCAGAUCAAGCUCAAACAAGAAAAAAAACCUGUAUCCAACUCCAAGGCAUCCAUUCCAGAGAAUGCUAUAGAUUGGACAGAUGUGAACCUCAUCAUAACCAUCUCUGUCAUCAUCAUCAAUAAUGUGUUUUGGCAUUUGGUUGCCCAGUAUGAAUCACGGACCCACAAGCUGUCGAUUUUCUGCAAUUCUCCACAUGUUGCCUGCUACGUGUUCAUGUUCAUAUACCUGGCUUUCCUUCAUAAACAGGAACAGGCGUUUCAAGCACUGCUGAGAACACAACCAACAUGGCAUUUUCUCUCCAAGAACGUCACAUUAUACAUCGGGCAUUCCUUGACUGGCUUGGGAGUGUUUCUGGUCGCCGCAAGCUUUAGAUCACUGAAGGUCCCAGGAACAUUUCUAGGACCAGCCUUUGGCAUUCGAGGCCGCCAAGAGUCAUCAACAUUUCCAUUUGGGUAUCCUCGCCACAUCCUGGGAGCUGGCUCCGUCCUGUUUCACAUUGGGUUGUCCGUGGUGUCCAAGUGUCAGGCAGGGUUGCUUAUCGCCUCACUUCUAGCUGUAGCACAUACACUGGCAAUUUUAAUUCCAUGCAGGCCAGCUAUGGAUGAUUAUAAGAAAAAGGAGGACUGAUGUUCUCAAAUCUUGAAGUGUAUCUCAGGACAACAUACGUGAAGGACAACCUCUCAAUGUUAUUUCGUUACUGCACAAUUGUUGAUGACGCACUAUAACUUUGUUGCUUUUCAUAGACAGUGGGUGAUAUGAAUAAAGACUAGCAAAUGCUUUUAUCUAAAUCUCCAUGUACAUUUACACUAGGCCUUCCUGUACAAAACCGGAGUAAAAGCAUUUGCUAGUCUUUAUUCAUAUCACCCAGUGUUGCAUAUAUUUUUUGAAAUGUUAUUUUAUUCUAAGCCUGUAAGUUCAUCUUUAUGCAAAUAUAGUUCAUGU